GUUUUUACCAAGCAAAUCAAAGAGCUUGUGAGUGAUGAAGAGUAUCGUCAGCUCCAACAAGAUCUCUUGGUACAGCCUGAUAGAGGCGACUUAAUCAAGAAUGGCGGUGGUAUUCGUAAAGUACGUUGUGCUCAAGGCAAUAAAGGAAAAAGUGGCGGUAUCCGAGUGAUCUAUUAUUGGGUUAAUGAAGAUCACCAAAUCUUUUUCUUAUUGGCUUAUCCAAAAUCAGUAAAAGAUACCCUGACAGAUAAGGAAACAGCCAUUCUUCAAGCAGGCGCAAUUAAACGUAAAGAGAUCCAAGCAAGCCGAGUUACCGAGCUUGAAUUACCUGAUAUUAAAGAAGUCCGUGAAAAGACUGGGUUAAGCCAAGUUGAAUUUGCAUCACGCUUACAUAUCAGCGCAAGAACUCUACAGAACUGGGAACAAGGUCGACGUUAUCCCACUGGCCCAGCAGCGACCUUAAUUCGCAUUCUUGAUGCACAUCCAAGCCUGAUC